UUUUUUUUUUUUUUUUUUAUUCUAACGUUCGUAACCUCUGAUUGGGUGAGAGGCAAGCGUCGAAAAACGAGAAGCGAAGCUGGUUUAAUUUUGCAGACAAGCUUCAGAGCCGGCGGUCAAGUAGACAUGGGCCAGUCUCAACUUUGCUGGACUGCGAAUGCUUUCGUUUUUCUGCUACUUUUACCUGGAAUCCUCGGCUGGGGAAAGGAAGGUCACUAUGUAAUUUGCAAGAUAGCGGAGGGAUAUUUCACUGAAGAUACUCUAUCCACGGUCAAAGAAUUGCUUCCAGCUUCUGCUGAGGGUGAUCUUGCGGCUGUAUGCUCCUGGCCUGAUGAAAUUCAACGAAAAGCUCAUUAUCGCUGGAGUAGCGCCUUACACUACGUUGACACGCCCGAUUUCUUUUGUAAUUAUAAUUGCUCGAGUAAGCUUAAGCUUUAUGGAGACUGUCAUGACACUCAUGGACAUAAGGGUAGAUGUGUGACUGCAGCAAUUUACAACUAUACUAUGCAACUCGAAUCAGCUUACAAAGAGAUGACUUCAGAAAUUAGAUAUAACUUAACAGAGGCUCUUAUGUUCUUGUCCCAUUUUAUCGGAGAUGUCCAUCAGCCUCUGCAUGUCGGUUUUGUUGGAGAUCUAGGAGGUAAUUCAAUAACAGUCCGUUGGUACCGUAGAAAGACUAAUCUCCAUCAUGUCUGGGAUAACAUGAUCAUCGAGUCUGCCUUGAAGACAUUCUACCAUUCAAACCUUACGCUAAUGAUUCAAGCGAUUCAAAACAACAUUUCGGACGAAUGGUAUAAUGAUGUCUCAGCUUGGAGAAAUUGCACACUGAACCACACAGCUUGUCCUAACCCGUAUGCUUCUGAAAGUAUUAGCUUGGCAUGUAAAUAUGCAUACAAGAACGCCACUCCAGGAAGCACACUAGAAGACAGUUAUUUUCUUAGCCGGUUGCCAGUCGUCGAGAAGAGGUUAGCACAAAGUGGCAUAAGAUUGGCUUCUACCCUCAACCGUAUCUUUGCUUCUGAAGUGAAAGUGGCUGAAGUUUGAAGACAAUGAGCGGGAGAAAUCAGAUCAACUUCAAUAAGAUAUUAAAAUGGUUGAAGAACAUGAAUUGAUUUAUGGUAUUUGCUAUUACUCCAAAAGAACCCUAAAUGAGGAGAGUCAGUUGUAACUAGAGCAGUCACUGUAAAAGAACAUGAUAUUCAGGAAUGAUAUGAUUGUUGCUUUACUGCUUUUAGAGAUCAAAAAGCUCAAGAUUGCAAUUAAGGCAAAUUUCUCAUA